AUGGAUUUACUGAAGAUAGACUGGCAGCUGUGGAAGAACUACCAAUAUGUGCUGGCCUUCCGCUUUGCCAUCCAGGAGAUCAAUAAGGACCCCCAGCUCCUCCCCAACCUGACCCUGGGUUUCCAACUCUACAAUUCUGUUACCAGUGGCCACUUCACCCUGAGGAGCACUCUGCACUGGCUGACUGGAAAGCAUCAUCUCAUCCCUAACUACACCUGCCAGACACAAGGCAAGGCAGUUGCCAUCAUUGCUGGAACCACGUCAGCAUUUUCAGCUGAAAUUGGAACGAUGUUGGAGCUGUACAAAACCCCACAGAUCACAUAUGGUCCCUUUGAUCCCAUGCUAAGUGAGAGAGCCAAGUUUCCAUCGCUCUAUCAGAUGGCCACCAGUGACAGCUCCCUGGCCUGCGGAAUGCUCUCAUUGCUGCUCCAUUUUGGCUGGAUUUGGGUGGCGAUCUUUGUAUCUAAUGAUCUGAAAGGAGAGCAGUUCCUUCAGGAUAUUUCAGCCGAGAUGGGGGAAAUCCCUGGCCUCAAGCAUUUUGUCAAGACAGUGGACCCUUCCCACUACCCAGAAGAUUUCUUCCUCAGUCAACUAUGGCUUCAUGCUCUUCACUGCUUACCUCCUGGGUCACACUGUGGAACAGUUGGAGUCUGCCCCCCAAAUGCUUCCUUUGAGUUUUUCCCAGGACACAUUGACAUGCUGACCAUAUCUGACUCCAGCUAUUUCAUCUACAAUGCUGUGUAUGCAGUGGCCCAUGCCCUCCAUAAGAUGCUUUCAGAGCAAAUAGAAAAGGGAUCUCCAGGAGAUGCAGCUCAACCUAGGAUUCUUCCAUGGCAGCUUCAUCCACUUCUGAGGAACAUCCAAUUUACCAACAGUGCUGGGGAGGAUGUUUCCUUCCAUGAAACGAGACACCGUAUGAAACACUACGAUAUCCACAACAUUGUGAACUUUCCUGCUGGAUUUCGGAUGCUCAUUAAAAUCGGGGAGUUUUCCUCUGAGAAUGCACAUGACCAAGGCUUGAUCCUCAAUGAAGAGAUGAUAGAAUGGCCUGUAGCAUUCAAGGAGACUCCUCAGUCUUUGUGUAGCCAGAGAUGUGGUCCAGGAUUCAGGAAAAUGCCACAGGAAGGAAGACCUGUCUGCUGCUAUACUUGUGUUGUUUGUCCAGGAAGAGACAUUUCCAAUCAUUCAGAUGCAGAGCAGUGCAUCCCGUGUGCAGAUCAUGAAUACCCAAACCUGGAGAGAAACCACUGCCUCCCCAAGCUGGUGACCUUCUUAGGCUUUGAGGAAUCCCUGGGGAUUGCUCUGGCCUGCAUGGCUCUGUGCUUCUCUGUCCUCACAGCUGCGGUCCUCUGGGUCUUUGUGAGGCACCGAGACACUCCCAUCGUCAAGGCCAAUAACAGGACCCUCAGCUACAUCCUGCUCAUCACCCUCCUCCUGUGCUUCCUCUGCUCCUUACUCUUCAUUGGCCGUCCCAACACAGCCACCUGCCUCCUCCAGCAAAUAGCAUUUGGCCUUGUGUUCACAGUGGCUGUUUCCACUGUGCUGGCCAAGACCAUCACUGUGAUUCUGGCCUUCAAGGUUACAAAACCUGGAAAAAAAAUGAGGCAAUUUUUGGUAUCAGGUGCUUCUAAAUUCAUUAUACCCAUCUGCUUCCUGAUCCAACUGGCUCUCUGUAGCAUCUGGUUGGGAACCUCUCCUCCCUUUCUUGACAUAGAUGUACACUCUGAGCCUGGUCACAUCAUCCUGGUGUGCAACAAGGGCUCGGUCACUGCCUUCUAUUGUGUCCUGGGCUACCUGGGCUCCUUGGCCCUGGCCAGCUUCACCGUGGCUUUCCUAGCCAGGAAUCUGCCUGACACGUUCAAUGAAGCCAAGUUCCUGACGUUCAGCAUGCUGGUGUUCUGCAGUGUCUGGGUGACCUUCCUGCCUGUCUACCACAGCACCAAGGGGAAGGUCAUGGUGGCUGUGGAGAUCUUCUCCAUCUUGGCCUCCAGUGCAGGGCUCCUGGGCUGCAUCUUUGUUCCCAAGUGCUAUGUUAUUCUCAUAAAACCUGAUAAAAAUUCUGUGAAAGCUUUAAAGAACCAGAGAAGCUCCAAUACUCACAUAAGUUCAAUAUGA